AUGGCCGAGCGACUUGAACGCUUCUUCAACUCGACCUCAUUCUUCAUCUUUGCCGCGAUUCUCCUCUGCCUCAUCCUCCUUACCCCAGUCGACGCCAUCUACCAAUGCUACGAAACGAACCGCCUCACCAACAUCUUCUUCAUCACCGGCGCGUAUGUCGCCACCUUCCUCCUUGCAGUCCUCAUAUACGCGACUCGAAUCUACACCAACCGAAGUACAUUGACCGGGAUCCCAAAGGCAUGGAUACCUAUUGAAAAGGAAGAUGUGAACAAGAGCGUGAGGCGCCUGGUCAUGGAGGGUCUAGCACGCAGUGCAGUCAUUGCGUACCAAGCUCGGCCGCGUGAUGUCACACAUGAAGCGGAAAGUUUCCAGAACUACCAAGAUCUCACAAUCGACCCAGUUCAUCCGCCAUGGGGCCAUGUCGAGCAUCCUGGCUGGUCAUCGCCGGCAACACCAGAUUUGCCCGACCUCCCAUACCGCACAGUCAUUCAGGAAUUGCCGAACCUGAUCGAGGCUAAAGCAGUCUCACUCGCGCCCGCCGAUAUGCUCGCAUCUGCCUCGCUAGAUCCAUUCCCAGAUACACGCGUGGUGGAAGUCCUACAGCGACCUGCUUCCAUGGGCUUGCGGCAAUACGUUAAACAUCUCAUUUCUCUGGGAGCCAUUGAUUCACCUGAAUUGGGAGCAGAUUUCCUAGCGCUCUAUGAACGCGCGCGGUUCUCUUCACAUGACCUGAGAGAGUCGGAGUUUCGAGAUCUCAUGCACCUGUUCGCAGAGAUCUUACGAGGAAUGACGUCUCUCACGACACCAGUCCUUAAUGAGAUCCGUGAUAGUGCAAGCUUCCGUCAUACAGACAAUGAAUCUUUCAUCGGACCAUCAGAUGAAGAAGGGGAAACGGACACGGUCGACCAAUAUGGAUACGAAGGUCCCUUCACCCCGAUACGAACCAAUAGUUUGCGGCCAUCCAAUGCUUCUACCUGGGAGAACCGGUCUAUGUGCGCAACAGCACCUGCAACACAUAGUCCUGCAUCGGCUCGAUCAACUGGUCGCGGCUACUUUGCGCAGGGACUCCUUCGCACGCCGUCGACACUAUCGCUGCGACGCGUACAAUCGUCCCAGUCCGGGAGUUCGGGAGGAAGUGUCAUUCGCUUGACGCAGACUCGAAGCCCAACAGAUCUACCAUACACCUUCAACUACGCUGGUCGUAGCAACUAA